GCACCAAGGCAGCGCCGUGCACGGGGACGGGAUGAGGAGCACAGCAGGGACAUCCAGCAGCACAGCCCCGCUCCCCAUGAGGCCACCGCUUCUGCCGCUGCUCGUCCUGUGGGUGCCGCGGUUCCUGGGGACCCUGGCGGAGGAAGAGGGCUGCAAUGGAACAGCGUGGGCAGGGCUGGAGGCACGGGAUGUACUCGGUGACAGAGGGCUGAUCCUGAACAUCAGUGCAAGCAACCAGGGCCGGCUGGGCUCACUCUUCCUUUCCUGGGAUGAACCAGAGGGGGCUGUUGAGGGCUAUUCACUCACCCUCUCCCCACUGGGGUCGGGCACACUGCUGCAGAAUGGAUCUGUGGGACCCAACAUCACCAACUUCUGGUUCCACGGGUUGACCCCUGGCACAUACUAUGAGAUUGAGGUGACAGCCACACUGCGCUGCAUGGACACCGCCAGGCAGACAGUCACAGCACAGACAAGUCCUUCUCCAGUCCGCAACCUGAGUCUGAGCAGCAGCGGCAGCCCGACCUCACUGCACGCCUCCUGGGCAGCCGGCAGCGGGCAGUGGGAUGGUUACCAGCUCACCCUGUAUCACAGCGACUCACAGAUGCUGGUGAGAAAUGCAUCCGUCCCACCAAACACCACCACGUUCCUGUUUGACGGGUUGGCUGCUGGCAGUGAAUAUGCCUUGAAGGUCAGCACGCUGGCUGGGGCCAGCCAGGCGAGCACCAGUACUCACCAGUGGACAGCACCCUCCAUCCCCACCCAGCUGAAGCUCAGCCCCAGCUCCAGCACCAGCCUCUCUGCCACCUGGGUGAGUGCAGGGGGGGCUGCCUGGCUGCACCUCGUGCUCCGCAACCUCCACACCCAGACAGUGACCAAGACCCUAUCUGCCAAGAGAGGCCUCACCAGCUACAGCUUCCAGCAUCUCCAGCCUGGCACCCAGUACUGGCUGGGGCUGAGCGCUGUGGCUGGGCCCUACACUAUGGAUGGGCCCAAUGCCACAGCCUGGACAUACCCCCUGAGCCCCACCAACGUGACGCUGAGCGGCGCGGAGGAGCAGAGCUCCCUGCAGGCUCAAUGGAUCAUCCCAGCAGGACAGAGGGACUUCUACCUGGUGACACUUCGGGAGGUGGAAGGUGGUGCUCCCACCAGGAACAUCUCCAUCGGGGGAGACAAUGGCCGCGUUGCCUUCCAUGGGCUGAGUCCUGGCAAGCAGUACUCUGUGCAGGUGACAGCGGUGGCUGGGCCUUACCGGGCUUCUGCCCGCAGCGUGGCAGCCUGGACACAGCCGCUCCCACCAUCUGCUUUGAGCCUGUCCAGCCACGGUAGCCCCUCCAGCCUACGAGCCAGCUGGGAGGAGGCCAUGGGAGAGGGCUACAUGGUGGCCCUCAGCCCCACAGAGCUCCCCGUGAAGAACAGCUCUCUGCUCAGAGGUGCCACCAACGUCACCUAUGAGGGCCUCCAUCCUGGGACCCUCUACACCUUUGAGGUCAGCACUGUGGCUGGUCCCUACACCUCCGUGCCCCAACGCAUCACCAACUGGACAUAUCCUUUGCCCCUGGAGCAGCUGACGCUCAGCAAUCAGGGCUGCAGCACCUCUCUGCAAGCAGCCUGGAGAGCAGCACCUGCUGGCAGCACUGGCUACACGGGCACCCUCUGGGAGAGCAGAUCUCAGGAGUGGGUCAGAAAUGUGUCUGUGGGGAACAACUGGACAAAUGUCACUUUUGAGGACCUGGUCCCUGGGCGACAGUAUACACUGGAGAUGGCUGCUAUGGCUGGGCCUUACAGAUCCAGCAUGCGGUCAGCCACAGACUGGACAUACCCACUGGCUCCAUCCGGUGUCACCUUGACCAACACCCGGCGCCCACUGGGACUCUCGGCCUUCUGGGAGAAGGCUGCAGGAGACGUGGACCAGUUCCACCUCCAGCUCUACAGCAAGAGCCAUCCAAUGCAGAGGAACAUCUCAGUGGGACCAAACAUCCACAACUUCACCUUCCUGGGGCUGACCCCUGGCGUGCAGUAUUUCCUGAAGGUCUCCGUCCUCGCCGGCCCCUACAGAUCCUCGUCACACUUUGCCACCGAGUGGACAUAUCCACUGUCUCUGGCUAAUGUGAGCGUGCAGCCUGGCAGGAGACCGCAGGAGCUGCAUGUGAGCUGGGUGGAGUCAGGUGGUGGCAGGGAGCAUUUGGUACAGCUCUUGGUGGCAGAGUCCAUCAUCAGGAACGUGUCUGUGCCCCAUGGUGUCACCCACCUUGACCUGGAGGGACUGGUGCCGGGCUCCCAGUACCAAGUGGAGAUCAUUUCUCAGGCUGGGCCUCAUCGUAUCUCCUCUCAGACUGCCAUCGGCUACACAGUCCCACUACCUCCACUCUCCCUGUCCACCAGCCCUGUGGGCACUGCCUGGGCUCUGGCUGUGCACUGGGAGACCCCUCCAGGCCAGAGGGACGGAUACCUGCUCAGCGUGCUCGAGGAGGGCUCUUCCUCACCAGCAAGAAACCUGGAAGUGGGGAAGGACAGCACCAAUGUCACCCUGACGCAGCUGACACCGGGAUCAUGCUACCUUGUUGGGAUCUGGGCUGUAGCCGGAGCCUUCCGCUCCCUCCCCAGGAACACCACUGGCUGCACAGUUCCUGCUGCUCCAACAAACCUGAGCCUGACCAACCCAGGCAGCUCCUCUGAGCUCCACACGUGGUGGAACAAACCCCUCGGCAGGAGGGACCACUACCGUGUUGUCCUGCACAGCCUCACCCAGAGCAGAGAUCGGGUGCAGACGGUGAGCCAGGAUACCCAGAACAUCAUCUGGACUCACCUGGAGGCAGGCAGCAGGUUUGCCGUGCAGGUCAUUGCUGUCAAAGGCUCUUUGGAAGCCUCCUCUGCCAACGUCACCCAAUGGACAUAUCCCUUGGCCCCUACCAACCUCACCCUGCGCAGCCCCUCAGCCUCAGCACUGCGGGCAUCCUGGGCAGCCAUGGGGCGAGGAGCAGAGAGUUACGUGGCAGAGCUGUAUGACACAGCCUCCAGUCACCGUGUCGGACAUGCAGUGCUGGGUGGGGGUGCCAGGAGUCACAUCUUCCACAGCCUGAACCCCGGCACCCUCUACAGCGUGGCAGUGAGAGCCACAGCUGGGCCCUACCACACCAGCACCUCCAACCUCACCCACUGCACACGCCCACUGCCCCCAACUGCUGUGCGCCUGCUGAACACCGGGCACUCCGACAGACUGAGUGCGUCCUGGGGGGCUGCAGCCGGGGGGCAGGAUGGCUACAUGCUGACCCUGUACCACACCGGGCUGGGCACCACGGCAGCCACAGCUUCAGCUGGGAGAGACACCCACAAUGUCACCUUCAUGGGAUUGGCCCCAGGGUACAAGUACUCCCUGGAGGUCAGUGCCACAGCUGGACCGUACCAGACAGCAGCACCCAACGUCAGUGGUUGGACAUCCCCACUGCCCCCAACUGCUGUGCGCCUGCUGAACACCGGGCACCCCAACAGGCUGAGCGCGUCCUGGAGGGCUGCAGCUGGGGGGCACGAUGGCUACAUGCUGACCCUGUACCACACCAGGCUGGGCACCACAGCAGCCACAGCUUCAGCUGGGAGAGACACCCACAAUGUCACCUUCACGGGACUGGCCCCAGGAAGCAAGUACUCGCUGGAGGUGGCCUCCAUAGCUGGGUCCUACCAGACACCUGCGGGGAAUGUCAGCAACUGGACAUAUCCCCUGGCACCCCGUAAUGUGUACAUGACAAACCAGGGGUACCCCAACAGGCUGAGUGUGUCCUGGAGAGCCGAACCUCAGGGACACGAUGGUUACAGGCUGCUCCUGUACCACUCGGGAUCGGGUGUGUUGGCAGCCAGCACAUAUGUUGGGAAAGGCAUUAGCAAGUUCACCUUUUCUGGCCUGGAUCCGGGACACAAAUACCUACUGGAGGUGGUCUCUGUGGCAGGGCCCUAUGCAGCCUCUGCGGGGAACAUCAGCGACUGGACAAUCCCUGCACUUUGCUUGGGAGAUCCAGAGGUCUCUGCUCCCACGCUCAGCCAGCCCUGCAGGGUACUGGGAGUCAUGUGCAGAGCCCUUCAGGCAGCCCCCUCAGUUCCUCAUAAUCUCUCUGUGGUGGUGGAGGGGAACAGCACAGUGCUCAUCUCCUGGGGCAGUGCCCCUGGGCAGCAGGACGAUUGCCAGCUGUGGCUGCGGGACCCCCGGAACGGCUCACUGCCACGGCAGCACGCGCUCACCAAGGGGCAAUUCCAGCACCUCCUGCAUGGGCUGACCCCAGGCAGGAACUACUCUGUGUCCCUGAGCUGUGUGGCUGGGCCCUAUUGGAGCAGCACCAAGCCCUUGGCAGUGGCUAUGGAGCCAAACCCAGUGGAGGACGUGCAUUGCCUACCAGAGUCGAGGAGCCUUUUUGUGAACUGGAGCGGCUCUCCUGGAGACGUGGAAGCUUAUGAGGUGGUGACAGAGGGGCUCUCAGAUGACCCUCCCACCCCCAAGCACUCUGUGAGUGUUCCCAUGAGCCAGGCCAGCCUGGAGGGGCUGCAGCCAAACUCCUCGUACCGAAUUGCUGUGAGCACUGUGGGCAUCAAUGCGAUGAAGAGCCUGGCUGUCACUCUGCUCUGCAACACAACAGCAGAGGCCCUCCCCCCACCCCUGCGAGCAGAAGUCUUCCAGAUAGAGGCCAGCUCCACCGUCAUCAUUUCAUCUGACCUGUUCAGUGAGGAGAAUGGCCAAAUCGAGUACUACGGAGUUGUUGCUACCACUAAUGACUCACUGCUGAGGCCCACCCAGGACAUCAUGUCCAGCACGUGGUAUGACCACUACUAUGGGACAGAGGACUCCUACCUGGCUGUGCUCAUCCCCAAUCCCUUCCACCCAAGCUCCACCCGAUCCCCUGAAACCUGGCGAGUGCCCAUGGGGACAGAGGAGUGCAGCCAGACCCGGGCAAUGUGCAAUGGGAAGCUGAAAGCCAACGAGCAGUACAGGUUCAGCAUUGCUGCCUUCACCAAGUACGACCCUGUCACCCCUGCAGUGUCAUUCACCACAUUCUCAGCUGCUGGAGAUAGCAUGAACACAGCUCCGCUCCCAGUGCCAAUAAUAGCUGGAAUCGUUGUGGGAUUUUUGUUGACACUGACUGCUAUUUUUGCUUUGGUCUACUGGAAGCAGCUCAGAGCGAGGAGGACACAGAAGAGCAGCCUGCCCCAGGAAAUGGUGACCUACAGCUUGAGAAAUGUCCACCGGCCAGUCCCCAUACAGAAUUUCAAGCAAUACUAUGAGAUGAAGACAGCAAGUGGGAACCAGGCUUUUUUCCAGGAGUUCGAGGAGCUGAAGGAGGUUGGGAAGGAACAGCUUAAGGUGGGGGCUGAGCUACCAGCCAACAUCUCCAAGAACAGAUACCCACACGUUCUGCCCUACGAUCACUCUCGGGUCAGGUUGAGCCAACUGGGGGAUGACCUGCACUCGGACUACAUCAAUGCCAACUUUGUGCCUGGCUAUACAUCCCCACAGGAGUUCAUUGUCACCCAAGGGCCCCUGAAGAAAACCAUCGAGGACUUCUGGAGGCUGGUGUGGGAGCAGAACGUCUGCAAUAUCAUCAUGCUGACAGUGUGCAUGGAGAACGGGCGGGUUCUAUGUGAUCACUACUGGCCAUCUGAAGCUGCCCCUGUCUCCUACGGGCAGGUCCAGGUUCACCUGCUGUCUCACAGCAGCGCUGAGGAGUGGACCAUGCGUGAGUUCAAGCUGUGGCAUGAGGGUCUCCGGGCAGAACGGCACGUGUCCCACCUGCACUACACUGCAUGGCCUGACCACGGGAUUCCAGAGUCCACAACGUCCAUUCUGGCCUUCAGGGAACUGGUCCGGGAGCACAUCCAGAGUGCCAAGGAUGCUGGGCCGACCCUGGUGCACUGCAGUGCUGGGGUGGGCCGCAGCGGCACCUUCAUUGCUCUGGACCAGCUGCUGCAGCAGAUGAAGCAGGAGAAGGUGGUGGACAUGUUUGGUGUGGUCUACACCCUGCGGAUGAACCGCUACCAGAUGAUUCAGACAUUGUCCCAGUAUAUUUUCCUGCACAGCUGUAUCCUGGACAAGAUCUUGGAGGAACCACUCCUGGGUUUAUCAGGAACAGAGACGUCCUGCCCCAUCCCAUUGAAAAGCUUUGCACAGCACUACUCCCAGAACUCAGCGAAGUCCAACAUGGGCUUCCUGAGGGAGUACGAGACCCUCCUGGAGGUCGCCAAGGAGGAAACCAGCUCUGCUACACCAUCACUGGGCACCCAGCAAGCACGGCCCUCGUCCAGCAUCCUGCCAUAUGAUCGCUCCAGAGUGAAGUUUUCCCUGCUGGACCAGGGCCCUUUCUCAGGUCUGCAGGUGUGGCGUGUCCCGGGCUGCAGCUCCAGCAGAGACUAUCUGGCUGUCCAGGGGCCUGACAAGCUGACUGUGGAGGACUUCUGGAUGCUGGUGUGGGAGCAGGACAUUCACACCAUCCUAACGCUGCUGCCAUGGCAGGAGGUGGGGGAGGUCCCACAUGACACGUGCUGGCCACUGGAGGGAGAUUCAGUCUGCACAAAGCUGCUGACCAUCCAGUGUGGCACAGAGAAGACUGCCUCGGGCUGGAGGUGUAUCCAGCUCAAAGUGAAGCACGAGAAAAAAGGAAAGGAGAAGCAGGUGCAGCAGUUCCUGUACAGGUUGUGGAGCAGCAAGGAGCAGCCAAAUGUCCAGAGCCUGGUGGAGCUCCUCACUGCCAUCAGGCGGUGUGUGCCCAACAGGAAGAGGGCCAGCCCUCUCCUUCUGCACUGCAGUGGUGGUGAGAACCAGAUGGGGACACUGAUUGCCCUGGAUUGCCUGCUGCACCAGCUGAAAACAGAGAGGACUGUGGAUGUCUAUGGGGUGACCCUCCAGCUGAUGAGAAGCUGCUGCUUCAUGACCCCCACACUGGAUCAGUACAUGUUCCUGUACACCUGCAUCCGGGACAUCACUCAGAAGCAGACCUAAGGCCCCUUGGUGCUUCCCAGCAGCAUCCUGCCCUCGGAGUGGGAGCACUGAGUGGCUCCUGCCACAGCACGAGCCCUGCAGCAAGAGGGGGACUCAACCUGGCACUGUCACCCCACUGUCAGCAUGGGGACUCCUGGGCAGCCUCAGGCAGUGCUCCUCUGCCUUGCUGAGGAUGGGGGGUGGGAUGCUCUCCCUCUGCCCACUUUCUGGGCUUGCUGAUGCCCAGGAUCCUGACCUGGCUGUAGCACUGGGUGGAGAGUUGGCAGCCCCAGCAUGGGGAGUGUUGAGCUCUGCAGCACCACUGCAUGUAGAGCAGAGCGUGGCCUGGGCUGAUGGAUCAGCAUUAGGUAAAGCCAAUAAACAGCCCUGGGAAGGAACACA